AAAGCAAAAGAUGCAAAAAUUUGGUUGAACCGCGAAGAAACUGCGCUAAUACAUUUGGCACGAAAUUCAAAACCCUCUAAUUCUUCCCCAAAAUUCAAUCGAGCCCGCCCAAGAUUUCCCCCAAAAACCAUUUCAACGUUUCUCUCACCCCUUUCUCAGAUUCAAUCGCAGUAUCAACAAAGCCCAGUCCUUUAUUUCUGUCUCUUCUCGUACAACCUGCCCAAUAAUUUCACUUCUCUUCCACCUUACAGGGGUUUUUGGGUGUUUCUUGAUCUGUCUGUGUGAUUACUUACACAUACGCUCACACUGUCUGAAUCUCAAUACACACAGAGUUUGUGAUUUAUCGUUUGUUUUGUGUUUUUCAAUGGCAUCCGAGAUGGAAACCCUAGAGGGUAAAAAACAAGAAGACGUUCCUAACGUUGGAGAAGAAGUCGAAAUGAAGGACAAGGAGGAAUCCGAAAAAGAAGGUGAAGAACAGCAAGAGACUAAAGAAGAAGAGGAAGAAGAAGAAGCUAAAGACGAAGAGAGUGAUGAUCAAGAAGAGGCCGAGGAAAGUAAAGGGUCUAGUAAAAGAGGGGCAAAAAAUAGCGCCAAAAAAGAAGGCAGUUCAAAGAAAGUGAAGACUGAUUCGAGUGCAAAAGAACCUGUUACGCCGAUCGAGAGGCCAACCAGGGAGAGGAAGACCGUUGAACGAUAUACGGAGUCUAUGAGUAGGCUUUCUGCCACCAAACCGUUCUCCAUAGAAAAAGGACCAGGCACCCAGCUCAAGGAUAUUCCAAAUGUGGCAUACAAGCUGUCCAAGAGAAAGGCUGAUGAUAACUUGCAGUCACUGCACAACAUUCUUUUUGGAAAACGAGCAAAGAUGAACACUUUGAAGAAGAACAUUGGCAUGUUUUCUGGCUUUGUCUGGGCUGAUGAUGAGCAGGAAAAGCAAAAGACAAAGUUGAAGGAGAAACUUGACAAAUGUGUUAAAGAAAAGUUGUUUGAUUUUUGUGAUGUCUUAAAUCUUCAAAUUCAAAAGUCAUCUCUUAAGAAGGAAGAUGUUUCAUUAAAAUUGUUAGAGUUUCUACAAUCUCCACAUGCUACAACUGAAGUCCUGCUUGCUGACAAAGAACAGAAAGGUAAAAAACGAAAAGUGAAGGCAAGAAAGAGCAGAACCCCAUCAAAGAAACAAUCUGGAGAGAAGCGCAAACGUUCAUCCAAGGCUCAGGAAGAAAAUGUGGAUGAAGAUGAAGCUUCAGAGAGUGAAGAUGAUUCUCAGGAGGAAGAUGACAAGGUUACACCUUCAAAAGCAGAAAGUGACGAGGAAGAAAAUAAGUCAGAAGAAGGUGGUGAAGAGGAAGAAGAGGAGGAAGAAGAAGAACCAGAAAAGCAGCUAACAAGUGAAAAGAGUUCUUCAAAGAAGAGUGUUAAGAAGGAUUCUGGGACUAAAACUGGAGAGAAGUCCAAGGCUAAUAAAAAAGAUAAUUCCCCUAAGGAUGUGAAAUCACCCACCAAAUCCGAUAAAAAGUCUUCUACUUCUGCUUCGAAAAAAGGUGCUGAUGCUUCUGGUAGUUCUAAGGUAUCAAGUAAGAAAUCCAAAGAAGAAAAGAAUAGCAAAAAGGUAGAGACUUCUGUGGCUAAGGAUAAAACCUCUGGCAAGAAAGAGUCUGCAAAGGCUUCUACAAAAGAUCAAGGCAAAGGAAAAACCAACAAGAAGGCGAAGAAAGAACCAACAAAUGAAGAGAUGCAUGCGGUGGUUGUUAAAAUUUUGAAGGAAGUAGAUUUCAACACUGCAACUUUAUCUGAUAUCAUCAAACAACUUGGUGCCCAUUUUGGUCAGGAUCUAUUGCACAGAAAGGCAGAGGUGAAGGCCAUAAUCACUGAUGUCAUAAACAGCAUGUCUGAUGAUGAAGAGAAGGAAGAAGAAGAAGAAGCAGAAGGUAGCGAUGAGGAUGAAGAUGAAGAUGGUGAUGAUGAUAAUGACAAUGAUUCAUAGGCUGUGUAGGUGUUAUCUAUAACAGUUAGAUAAACAUGUCUAACAUAAGGAAAGAACAAGGUGGCUACCAGAGGUAAUCAAUGUACAGAAAUUACCAUCAGCAGUUUCUGUGCAGGAUACACCAAGAACUUGGCUGUUCUCAUGUGUUCUAUAACUUUUACUUGCAUUAUUUUGUACCAUAGAUCGGGAGCUCAUUUGGUAGAAGAACUUGUUUGUUUUGAUGGGCUUUUGUAGUUUUCUUAGGUUUUGUUGACACCAGUCAGCUUAUAAAUUUUCUGCUGUAGUUUGUUUUACCGAUUGAAGUUUAGCUCUUAGAACUUAAAUUUGCAGAGUUGGUAUGGAUUUUAAUGGGAGUAUAUGAACGUUUAUUUAUCUGAUCCAUGUGCACU